AUGACCCACGAGAGCGGCAUGAACUUGACGACGCGUUUCUGCGAGAACUGUGGAAGCUUGUUAUACAAAACCGGCGAUCGCGAGGGAUUUGAAGGAGCGGUCAUUGUUUUAGCUGGAACGCUGGAUAACACAGAGGAUUUUGAGAAGGCUAAGCCUGAGGCGGAGUUCUUUGUUAAGCAUCGGGUGGGAUGGUGGCCUGGUUUGGGCUUUGCGACGCAGUUGAAGGAGUUUGAUUCAAAUAUGGGUCUUGCUAAUGUGUGUGGAGGCGGUGUUGCUGUAUUGUUGGCACUUGGUUAUUAUCACAUUUUCUGA